CAGCAGCGCUGCUGCUGAGCAUCUCAGCUACAAGUGGUGGGGGACUCACCGUCCCUGGAGGUGUUCCAGAACCGUGGAGAUGUGGCACUGGGGGACGUGGUUGGUAGGCACGGUGGGAUGGGUUGGGGUUGGGCUGGGUGAGCUUAGAGGUCUUUUCCAACCUUCAUGAUUCUCUGAUUCUAAGAUUGCCCGACUCGCAGCUCUCUCCUCUUAGGAGCAUCACCAUUGGCAAGGAGCUGCCCCAUCAGUUUUCCAUGCGUUGUUAUGAAUUCUUUUAAUUUCACCUCCACCACCUCUCUCCCCCCCCAUGUGCUGCCGCACUCCGUGGUCACCAGGUGAUAGGGAGACUGCCAAGAUGAAGGAUUUCACAGAACUGAAAUCAAGCACCUGAACUGUUCUGCCACUUGUGGAGAUGGCAUGAAACGUGGCAGUGGGGUCGUUAGGAAGCAAAUUGGUUUGGAGGCUUUGUGCAGCAAGGCAGGGCUGCACCUGUUCGGAUGCUGGCCUUGCCGCGCUGGAGAAUUAAUCACUUAAAUCAGCAGGAAUACAUUAAGCUUUGGAGUCGCCAUGGAGAUGCUAUACAGCCUUUGGCCAUAAAAAAAAAUAGGAGCUCGAUGCUUGCUGUGGUAUCACAGGAGGAAUUCAUGGCUGGGGAAGGGGCUUGGCUCUCAUUGACUUUCAUGAGGAUGGUGCCGACUGUGCAGGGGGUGCAGGGAUCUGGUGCAUGGAGGGCAGAGAAGUGGUGGGAGGGCUCCUGUCCUGCUUUGCCGGGCACCCCAUGCCCACUGUUGCCCCUUGCACAGCUGCUCAGUGGAGCUGAGCCCCACCAGAACUGCAGCCUCCAGCCCUGGAGAUGCCCCACAGCCUCUGGGAGCUGCUGUCAGGAUCAGGAGCUGCGGGGACACAAAGCCCACUUCCCUCAGCUUUAGGGGAAGGCCCUUUGUUGUCCCAUUGGACACUUGUCCCUAAUUCUACUACGCGCUAAAUCCAAAUCCAGCUUAAAUGUAAGUGACUUUGAAGCAUAACCGUCGCUAUUAGGCUGGAUUUGCCAUGGUCUUUAGCUGCCUAAAAUUGCAGAUAAGUAUUUAGCAGCUUCCAGAGAAGCCUGAAGGUAAAAAAAAUCACAAAAAAACUAGAGGUGCUCAGUGCAGUGGUGCUUAAUGGGCCAGCAUGGCACUGAAAGUCCAUGACCCAGCAAGGAGCCCAGCGCCCUGUGUGCUGCUGGUGGCCGCAGGGCAGCUCCUUGCCGUGCACUGGGUUCUGCAGUCCAGCCCAGCUGCACCACACGGUCCGUGUCUCACACGAGUCCUGGCUCAGUGCUGGCCAGGGGCUGCCCUUGGGAGCAGGGAUGAUGCUGAUUUCUAUUUCGGGGGCGCGGGAGUUGGGUUUAGCCAACCACGUGGGCAGAGCGGCCUCAUCCAAUGCACACGGUCCAGGGGUUCAGGGCACAGUGCGAGCAUCGCCUCCUGCUUGCUGCUUCUCCCCAGCUCAGGUGAAUAAGGCCCACGUGUUGGGCAUCUCCAUGCUUUCAGCCUCCAGCGCCCAUCCCAGCGCCCCUGAGGUGCAGCUGCCCCAGCCCUGUCCCUGCUGCCCAGACAGGGACAGGAGCGUAUGGGGCACCGGGGUCAGACCAGGACCUCAGCUCCCAGCUUUAUAUUUUUAGCUGCCUAAUGGUGAGAGCAGAAUGUACUCGGCUUUGCUGCAGGAUGCUCCCGCUUGGCUCCUGGCAGAGAUUGAUCUCGAAAUGCCAAUUGCUCUCCGGGGGCGCUGGCUCUAAUGAAUCGCAAUGGUUUGUGCUCAUCCCAGGCACCACGCUCCCCUCUCCCCGCUUCCGAAAUCGCAGGAAUGCAGGUUCAGGAGCCGCAGAGAAGGAAACGUUUUCCCUUUUUUUUCCCGAAACGAAGUACCUUCCUCUGAACGGAGAAUUUCUGCUGGCAUCUGGCUCUGGGUUCACAGCUUUCGAUGGCAGCUGGGACCCGGGAUGCGGCUCAGGUGCGGUGCUGAGCUUUGGCAAUGCUGAGCAGCACUCGUGGUUCAACCCGGAGCUAUGGCAGGAUGUGUCCUCCAGAGUAGACCUGGAACCGGCCGGCCGCAUCUUCCUCCUGGAUGAGGAACGCGUCCCGUGCCAGUACGACCACGUCAUCUUCCAGCCUGAAACCUCCUUCCGAGUAAACCUUGACUCAUCGCGGCGAGUGAUCCCUGUUCAGAGCAUCUCACUCAUGGGCCAGGAGCUGAGCAGCGCUGAGGCGUGGGCUGAGUACCUGCGGGGCCCUUCUGCCGCAUGGCAGUUCCACGGCAAUGCCACCCUGCAGGUGACGGGCACCCGCUGUCCCCACAGCUCCGGCUGCGCCUGCGGGAACUCCCAGGAUGGAGACCGCAUCUGCGCAUCGCUGCUCAGGGCAGAGGGGUGCCCGGCGCUGUCGUGCCACAGCCCUCUGCGGCCCCUCGGCCACUGCUGCGGGGUCUGCGGAGCUGUUGUCACGCUGGAUUUUAAGCCCGAAUUUGACCUGCAGCAAUACCGGGACAGAGUGGUGCAAGCGUGGCUCAGCCUGCCCAGGUAUGCCGGCGUUCAGAUGGCCAUCUCCAAGGUGCACAGGGCUCAGACCUUCCUGGGACUCCUCCCGCGGAGCUCCACGCCCGUCAUCCAGAUAGUGCUGGUUGAUGGCGAGGCCGGGACGCAGACGGGCACCGCUGCGGAGCAGUUGGCUGCAGACAUCAUGGGUGACAUCGCACAGCAUGGUGAAGCUUUGGGCAUUCCAGGUGGCAGUGUGGAGGUGGCUACUGGCAGUGCUCUCGGCGGGCAGGCGGCAAUCCAUGCCUCCAGGCAGAUCGCAUCGGGGACGGUCCUGGGGCUGCUCUUUGCUCUGCUGCUGCUUGGAGCGCUCCUCUACCUCCACAAGAAGGGAAAGCUGAGGCUGCAGGCACUGCAUCUCCCCCGGCUCUGGAAUAGAGCAGAGGACCUGAACAGCCCCGAGCCUGAAAGUGGGAAAGGCUUUGACAACCCCAUGUUCGACGUGGAGCUGCCAGGUGCCGGCAGUGUGGAGGAGACACUGCAGGAAAUGGCUUCUGAGGGCCACCAGGUGUUCUACAUCAACCCCCUGUACGACCCCAGCGAGACCGAGACCUGACGGCACAGCCACAGCCUGAAUAAAAGUGUUGGUGAAGGAAACCACAAACCUUCUUCCGCAGGGCUCA